UGGGGAUUCUAGACCUCCUCCCCCUUAAAUUUUACAUGUAAAAGGAUAGGCAUGGCCUGUAUAGGCAACAACUACACAGCUCCUCCCAAACUUGUAUUAAUUACUCAAUAUAGGCAACCCGCAACACGCAUAAACCCAACACCAUCACCAGAUCCUACACGUAACCGGUAUAUAUUUUAUACCUUCUCCUUCAAACCCCCUACCUUUUGAAGAAAAAUAAUGUAUAUAAUAUUCUGAUUUUGACUAAAUAUGACACCUGACCAUCAAAUAUUUUUCCCCUUCCCAAUCAAUUAUAUUUCUUCCCCUUUUAUUUACACACACACACACACACACACACACACACACACACACACACACACACACACACACACAUAACAUAUUUACCAUCACAUACAUACUAAACGCAGUACACACACAUAUUACAUAAGUAAUCUUACAUCACACAUACACAACAAUCAAACAUAUUAUACAUAGUUAACAUAUCGAUACCUAUUUUAUUCAUUUACGAAUAAGUACCUAGCUAAAUCAUACGUUAUGCAUAGGAAUGUUUCACACACACACACACACACACACAUAACAGCUUCACAUACAUUAAACCUUUUCAAACAUACAUUGUCCAUAACAAACCCAUAAUGAGGGAUGUGGUAUCCCUGUCACCAAGUCCGUUCCAAAUACAAACAUGUACAGACCUGCAGAGUCAUAUUCGAGUAUUGUCGGCGAAUAAAAAAGUAGUGCAUGAAGCAAAAUGAAAUCAGUCCAUGUACUACCCUUCAAGUGUCAAAUUGUGUUAAUUCAGAGUUCCUAAGUUCCUAACUAUUUCAUACUGUUAUUUAAAGUACAAUUUUUUUAUAAUUCAAUACCCAUAUAUUCGUUGAAGGGUACAGUCUUGUUUCGCGAGUUCGACUAGUGCUCUUCAGUUUUAAACAUAAUCAUGUUUUCGUGUUGUGUAUGCGAUAAAGCCUUUACAUUGAUCAAAAAUCUACAUAGACAUGCCAAGUCACACGAAUCACCCACUAAAAUCGUAUGCAGUAUUUGCUCAGAAAUAUUCACGCGAAGAGAUAACCUCAUCAGACAUAAAAAAGAAAAACAUCAUUCAAAUAUUAUAAUCCAACAACAACCAACCAUAACCAAGCGAGAAAUUCAAGAUUUUUUUAAACCAGCUGAACAAAUUUACGAUUAUGAUGUUCAAUCUCGCAAUGGUCAUAAGCGCUCAUAUCAUAAGGAAAAUUCAAACGAAGCGGUAAAUGCUAAAAAAGCACGUUUACUUCUUGUACAGUCUCCCGGCUUUAUCGAAAUUUCGUCUUCUGCAAAUAGAAAAGUCGUAUGGUAUUACGUGAAAAAUUUCGAAAAUAUUCAAAACUAUAUUGAAUUUUUUAAUUCGAUUAAAUCUGAAUUAGUCGAGUUAUUAAAAUCACAAGCGUCUAAACAUCCGAUCAAGUUUAAUUUAAAGCUGGAAGCUACAUACAAUAUUCCAAAUGUUGAUAAUACAUCAGAGAACCGUUCAUUUAAGACCUCAGCUAGACCGAUUUUUGUCGAAACUGGUGUACGAGAAAUUGUUGAAGAAGGCAUUAUACAAUUAAUGGCUGAGCAAGAUGAAUAUUUUAGCAAGGGAAGUGGUUAUACGUUACAGUGUAUUGACGGAUUAUUAUUAGGCGUAUAUAAAUAUACGCCUAUGAGCGCUUCAUCUUAUAUUCCGUUACCGGACUUCAUCGAAAAGAAAAAAGCUGUAAUCAACCCGCAAAACUCAGACCAACAGUGUUUCAAGUGGGCUAUAUUAGCAAAACACGUUUCGGGAAAUACCAAAAAUCAAGUGGCUGAAAAUUAUACAACUCACGAAGAAAAAUAUAAUUUUUCCGAUCUCACGUUCCCGACAAAAUUACAUCAGGUUAACAUUUUCGAAAAAAAUAAUCCUAACGUAACUGUCAAUGUUUACGGACUCGAAAAACAUUUCCAACCACCGCAAAAAUUUCCAAAAUAUGAAGUGUUUCCACUGAAGGUUGUAGAUGAAGAAAAAACAGAUCAUUUCGACUUGUUACUAAUAACCGAUGAUGAAAAUUCUCAUUUUACCUACAUCUCUAAUUUUUCCCGACUGGUGCGAUCACAGAAAACCCGACAUAAAGCAAGCGCUGUAUUUUGUAAACGUUGCUUUACAUCGUUCGAACCUCUAAAUAUUAAUAAAUACGAAUUAAAUGAGCGCAUACGAUUUGAAGAACACAAGUUAAUAUGCGGAACACAUAAACCAAUUUUACCUCGAAUGCCUGCUCCUGGAUCGAUGUUAGAAUUCGACGCAUGGAAAAAAACUCAACGACAUCCGAUAGUUAUAUAUGCAGAUUUUGAAGCACUACUAAAAAAAUCAGAUGAAAAAUGUGGGAACAAUACAAAAGCUAUUCAAAAACACGAGGCCAUGAGUUAUGGUUUUAUGGUUAAAGCAAAUAACGACGUUCCCGCAGAACUGCUUGAACAAUUUAAUAUUCCAACUUCACCUAUAAUUUUUCGUGGCGAUGAAGAUAAUCAGAAUGUGGGUGAACAUUUUGUGAAGAGUAUCGUUGAAAUAGCUGAAAACAUUGAAAAAUUACUACAAACCAACAUACCCAUAACCUUUACUGAAGAACAACAACAAGCACAUAAUUUAUGUAAGACAUGUAAUUUAUGUAAAAACGGUUUCUCUGUGGGAAACCAUAAAGUUGCUGAUCACUGUCACUUAUCGGGUAAAUUUCGACAAACAUUGUGUAAUACCUGCAACCUCAAGCUUCAAACACCAAAUUUUGUACCAUGUUUUUUUCACAAUUUAUCGAAUUAUGAUGCACAUUUUAUUGUAACUGAACUCGGUCUCGAUGUGAAAAAAAUUUCUGUUAUACCAAACAGUGAAGAAAAAUUCAUCUCAUUUUCAAAACACGUUUCCAACAACUUUUCAAUACGGUUCAUCGACACAUUAAGAUUUAUGGCUUCAAGUUUAUCAACACUCUCGGACAAUUUAUUAACACCAGGGUUCGAAAAGUUUAGAGAAACAGCUAAACAUUUUAAUACCGCAGACUUGCCACUCGUUACUCGUAAAGGUGUUUACCCUUAUGAGUAUACGGAUGGUUGGAACAAGCUGGAGCAAACCAAUUUACCAGAGAAAGCAGAUUUCUACAGUACACUAACAGAAUCAAAUAUACAAGAAGAAGAUUAUGAACAUGCAAAAACUGUUUGGAGUCACUUUGGAUGCAAGACUUUGGGUGAAUACAGUGAUCUAUAUCUGAAAAUUGAUGUUUUAUUGUUGGCUGAUGUGUUUGAGAACUUCAGAGACCUAUGUUUAACCACAUACUGUUUGGACCCAUCUUUUUACUAUACAGCACCAGGAUUCUCCUUUGAUUGUAUGUUAAAAUAUACCAGAGUCAAAUUAGAGUUACUCACAGAGUAUGAUAUGCUGUUGAUGAUUGAAAAGGGAAUUCGAGGCGGUUUGACACAAGCAAGUAUGAGGUAUGCUAAAGCUAAUAAUGAAAAGACCCCAGAUUAUGAUCCAACAAAGUCCAAAUCAUGGUUAAUUUAUCAAGAUUGUAAUAAUCUGUACGGUUGGGCAAUGUCACAACACAUGCCCUAUGGUGGUUUUAAGUGGGUUGAACCUAAACUAGAAGGGCUGAAUGAUUUGAACGAUACAUCACCCAUCGGACGGAUAUAUGAAGUUGACAUUACUUAUCCGAAAGAACUCCAUGAUAAACACAACGACUUACCUUUCCUUCCUCAAAACGGCAUCCCAGCUGGUUCAAAAGUUAAAAAACUCAUGGCAACACUUCAGUCGAAAAAAAACUAUAUUAUUCAUUACCGAAACCUCCAACAAGCUAUAGCCAAUGGACUCAUAGUUGAAAAAGUUCAUAGAGUAGUUCAGUUUAAUCAAUCACCAUGGCUGGCUCCAUACAUAGCACUAAACACAGAGAUGCGAAAAAAAGCAGCAAAUGACUUUGAGAAAGACUUUUUCAAACUUUUAAAUAAUGCGGUUUUUGGGAAAACCAUGGAGUCUAUGAGGAAAAGAAUAAAAAUGGAACUGGUGUCUAGUGAUCGUCGUUUACAAAAACUGAUAAAUCAGUCAACAUUCAAACACUGUACCACAUACAAUGAAACUCUAAAUGCAGUUGCAUUAGAAAACAAAAUCAUUGAUUUUUGUAAACCUAUUUAUAUAGGUAAGUUACAUUUAUUUUAAAUUUUUUAUUGUUAUAUUAAUAUUUUAAAUUUUUUUUAUCAGGUUUUACAGUGCUGGAAAUUUCCAAGUAUUUAAUGUAUGACUAUCACUAUAACGUAAUGCAGAAACAUUAUGAUGAUAAAAUUGAGCUCAUGUAUACAGAUACAGAUUCAUUGGUGUACUAUAUUCAAACUGAUGAUUUUUACAAUGAUCUGUUGAACAAUCCAAACUUGUUGAAUCGAAUGGACACUGCAAAUCUACCUCGUGACCACCCGUG